GGCACCGCUGGCGCGGCUCAUCGCUCGCCCUCGACCGACGAUCGCCGCAUUUCACCCGCUCCGUCGAGCUACGGCGCUCUCGUCCACCCCGACCGGACCAGCGGCGUCGCACGCUCUUUAUUUACCAUCGGGCCAUGAACGUUGUCGCUGCAGUAGCUCGCGCCUCAGCAAAAGCCACGGCCCAUUUAGCCCUCCAUCUAACUGAACACUAGAACUGUCCAGCUGUCUCCUCACCUGCCCCGGAACUGGCAGCAGCACACAAGCUCCGCCCACACCACCCUCAGGAUGAGGGACAAAGCAACCCAGACUCCCAGAGCCUGGGUAGAUGAGAGGAGGAGAGUCUCCCAUAAGCGUUCGGCGUCCUGCGGCAGCACCGACCAGCUGAAGGAGAUCGCCAAGCUGAGGCAGCAGCUCCAACGCAGCAAACGCAGCAGCCGGCAUCGGCGGGACAAAGAGCGCAAGUCGCCCUUCAACGGCAACCACACCAUCAUCCAAUCACAGUCUCAGAUGCCGAAAACCAUCCUGAUUCCCAUUCCCAUCUCCAAGUCCACGCCCCCUCGGUUCCGGAACAGCAUCGAGGGCCUCAACCAGGAGAUCGAGCGCAUCAUCAUAAGAGACACCACAGACCGAGAGGAAGUCAUCAUUGCUGACGGCCAGGGCCUGUGCGCCUUUCAGCCGCAGGACGUUCCGGAUGGCCACCGCGCGCCGCCGCCCCUCCCCCGCCGCGGCAGCAGCACGCGCAGCAUUGACACCCAGACACCCUCCGGCGGCGGCCUGGGCAGUAACCGUAGCAACAGCAGCAGCCGGGCAGACUCCGUAUCACCAUCGUACCUCAGCAUCCUGAGCGACGCGAUGGGGAACAGCCCCCUGCCUGGCGACGACGCGUUCAGCGAGACCAGAGAGAGAGAGCUGAGCCAGUGCUCCCCCCUGCCAAAGUACGCCUCCUCUCCCAAACCCAACAACAGCUACAUGUUUAAACGGGAGCCCCCAGAGGGCUGUGAGAAGGUCAAGGUCAUUGAGGAGAACCAACCCAGGGCUCUCCAGGAGAUCCCGCCAUAUCUGUGUCCUGACCGGAACAAAGUGAAUUUCAUCCCCAAGAGCGGCUCCGCCUUCUGCCUCGUGAGCAUUCUGAAACCCCUGCUACCCACCCAGGAGCUGAGCUUCCGCGGCGGGGUGGGCUACCGCAGCCUGUCCCCUUCCCUUGGACCCGUCCUGGCCCUCGGGCGCCAGUCCCCCUGCCUCCCACGGCACUUGGAGGAGCCGGAGGGUUAGGCCGGCCAAUCACAGGAACUGACACAUCGACCAAUCAAAAGAACCUCAUCAUCCCAAGGUGGACAUGCAGUGAGCAGAAUUGACAUGCAGAAUCACUCACCGAAUUGACGAUCUUAAAGCUGUGACAUCAUCAGGGCUUCAUUUAUUAGUGCAGACGACCCAAACAUUACCCGAAACCUGAAUACGAGAUCUCCCCUGGUGAAGGAGACGUCUCGACCAAGACUCGUGUAUAUAAGUAUAGCUUUUUUUUUUUGUGGGGGGGGGGGGGGUGUAUCAUUGCAAUGCUUUUUACGUUCUCAACGUUUAAACUCAUUUUCCCAUCGACGCCUUUUUUCCGGCCAAGUUCAUGUAAAUAAUGUCUCCGCCACUGUAAAUGUAAGUGACUUUUAGCCUGUGGGAACGGAGACCGCGGGGCUCGCCUGGUAGCCGAGCUGCUGCGUUGCAUGGUAACUAGUAACCUAGAAAAAGAAAUUAUGUAGCUAGGGAUGGGGUGGUCUAACAAACGUGCCUGACACCCACAAUCCCUCUGUAGCAGCUCCACCCUGAACCCCACCCUUCUCCUACAUCCAGACGUUGGCUCUCCAGGUCCCCAUCUUUGCUCCAUGGCGUGCAGGAGCGCCACCUCUCUCCCCCGGAUCGACGUGUGGAACGCUGAGAUUUGGUGCUAUAGUAUUCGUACUGUUAUUGCUACGGCUGCAGGGAGUCUAUCGCCAGGGCCGGUACCGAGGGAGAGGAGGGGCAGACGCAGACACAGACGCAGACGUGAGGGUGGUACAGAUGAUGCACAUCUGUAGAAGAAGAAGAAAAGAGCAGGAAGGUGAGAGUGAGAGGGACAGAGAGAGAAAGUAGUGAGGAGAGUUGAUGGCAGUUGCGGAAUAAUCCAGAACAAAGAACAAACACAUCAGUGAUGAGUUUACCCAGCUAGUCACACAGGAUGCGUAUCGAGGGGAACUGUAGGAUCUUUAUAGUGUAAAUGACUACAUGAAUCAUACUGUGACGCUCACAUUUCUUCCUUUUAAAGGAUGAUGAUGGACUUGUUGGAUGGAACACAGGCAAACAUGAGAAGGAUAAAUGUGUAUUGCCUUAAAACCUUAAAAACGUUUAGACAAAUGGCUGUUAUUACAUAUAGAGGAGCCAAAUGGUGUAAUUAGCUUAGUAUUUAGUGCUGAUGUCCCUACGUGGAUUAUCUUGUAUUAAGUAACUGUAAAAUUGGGAAAUUUUUUUUUUUUUUUUAUAUCACAACUUUCCAGAUUUCCCUGGAAAUGAACAAUAAGAAUGACAACUUUUGAAACUCAGAUGUCUACAAUCCCAAGCGCACAAGCCUGGUCAGUUAGGAGGAGUUUAUUUAGCUUCUGGAUGGUCAUCAUAUACGCAUGAUCACUGUAAAGGUCUCACUCGUCCAGCCUCUGCCCUCUGAGUUAUAAAUAGUUAAGACUGUUCACAGAAACAAAGGCACAGUUGCAUAAAAUAAAUCAACUGAAAAUCA